UCGGUGGGGCAGGAGUCGGAGGCCAUCUACCAUAUACAUAGACCAUAAGACCGACUCUUUCAGCAACUACCACGAGACGGCCAUGGCUACGAAGAAUGCCCUCAAGUCUAUCAAGGCUCACUUAGGAGAAAAGAACUCCGAAUCCGCUCUCUAUGAGGCCACCGAACUUCUCAAGUCCAUCGGCCCAGACUCACCAGAAGCUGAUCAGGUUCUGGUCUUUCGAGGGCUCGCCCUCACUCAACUUCAAAGGCUGGACGAAGCGGAAAAGUCAUAUCUUCAUGCUUAUAAAUUGAAUCCCAACAAUCCUCUCGCAUCCGUUGGGCUACGGCGGCUGUACCACAAAAACCAAAGUUGGGAAAAGCUUGCGACUUUCUUAGAGGUGCAAGUGCAAACGACGUUUGAGAAACAGGAUGACGAAAAGCUUGCAGAGGUUCUUAAAGAAUUAUUAGAGGUCAGAGAGCAACAUGGGCCUGAGGAAAAACUUUAUCGGACUCUUGAUCUUCUUCUCCCUUCAUCGCCUGUAGCGGGGCUUUUGCAGUCAGUGACGCCACCCCAAGGGACUUACAUUCCUCUAGCCAUCCCUGUCUACCCAUCAGCAUCUGACAUCCUGCCGACUCUUCCUUCCCCUCUUCCCCACCCUGUUCACCUUGCUGGAUCUCUUUCUCUCGCAUUGGUAUCCCUGAUCCGCUCGGAAAUUGAGAUUAAACAGAAGAUCGAUGCACGGGUUAAUAAUGAGCGCAAGCGCCUAGGUGCUGGAACAGAGAAGGAUGUCAGGAGGAAAGUCGACAGAGAAAUACUCGGAACAGAAGGCAUGAGGCUGGUCGAUCUCUGGAAAGAGAUUGCAGGUCAUCCACAAGUGGAAGAGGAGAUUCGAAGAGAGGUUGAAAUUCGGGAAUUCGAAUUUUGGAGGAGACUCGUCGCUGCUCUUCCUGUCGAAAAUAAAAUAGCUUCCAAAGAGUCUGCUGGUAAAGCCUCACAAGCUGAGAUGCCGGCCAACGCCUCCAACGAACUUGUUGAGCCGGCGCUCUUCAAAGCCAAACAAUAUGUAGCUCCGAAUCGCACAGAAGCUCUCUCUCAUGUCAAUGCGCUCGCCGAUGGCUUCGUCCUACUCGAUAUCUCGGCCAAGGGCGCCGAGGAGGGCUGGCGAUGGGUGUUAGAGGGCAAAGAUGAGCCUACUUUGUUCUAUGAUAUUGAUUUGCUUCACAAGUAUUCUGAAGCGUUUCCCAACUCUCCUAUGGCAUGCUUUAUAGAAGAAUACUGCCGGUGGUUCAAACGUCCUUUGCCGGAAACGGAGGAAGAUUCUUCAAAAACAGAAGCAUACGAAAGAGACGAGAAAGCCGAGGGUUCUGUAAAGCACCGGAAGAGUCACAAGGGCGGGCGAGGUGCUUUAACAAAGAGACAAUCUCGUCGAGCCCAUCUGCGGGAAAUCCAUGUGUCAGAGGACGUUGAAAAGGAGGAAAGAGAGGAGCUGUUCUCGUCGAUGACUAAACUUGUCGACCAACUUCCGAUGUCCAUUUUUGCCCAUAGGGUGAUGGCGAGAAUCGCGCUUGAAGAUGAAGAUUGGUCCAGCGCGAUAAGCUUUGCUGAGAAGGCCCGCAAGCUUCUUACCGGACUGGAAGCUGAGAGAGGUAUCACUCUUUCCAACGUUCGCGCAGACCUCGAUACAGUUCUGGGCGUAGCCCUCGUCCCGCAUUACCCUCCCAAACACCAUGUCCGUGCAGCGCGCAUCCUUGAGACAGUGCUCAAAAUCCAUCCGACCAAUAAUGAGGCCCGUUUUGCCCGUGCACAAAUUUACGAAACUGCCGGCCAAUGGUCUGAUGCUCGUCAUCAUUUCGAAAAAAUUGUCCAAGAUGGCGGGAGCGAAAAGGAAAGGUUGGAUUCAAAGGAAGAAGUCGGCUGGUGUUUGGCCAACGAAGGAAAGCUCGAGGAAGGGAGAGAUAUAUUGGAGGAGGUCAUAGAAGUCAGAGACACCAAGACAGAAAAAGAAAAAGAGGCAGAAGCAAGGGAGAGGGGGAGGACUUGGUGGAGAUUGGGCAGGACUGAGUGGAUGAUCGGAGAUGAGGAAAGUAAGCAACAUGCCGAAGAAUGGUUUAUGGCAUCUGUCCGUGCACACCCAGACUUUGCGGCGUCUUACACUUCCCUUGGAGUCUGUUACUCAUCCGCAACCCCUCCCGAUAACGAGCGUGCCCUCAAAUGCUUUCAACGAGCUUUCGAGCUUGACGCCACAGAAACUGAUGCCGCUUAUCGACUGGCAAAUGGAUACGCCGAUGAAGAUGAGUGGGCAAGGGUGAGGACGAUCGCCGUGCGUGUGAUGGAAGGCGAAGGGGGUCUGGAGGGUGUGGCGGGCGGGGACGUAUUGAACGCUAAAGGAAGAUUUGCUCCGCAAAAUGGUUGGGCUUGGAAAGCACUCGGCUCUUCCGAGAUGCAUUAUAAAAAAUAUGCUGAGGCCGCCGCCGCCUAUCAGAUCGCUCUUCGUGCCGAUGAUCAGGAUGUAUCCACGUGGAUUAUGUUAGGCGAGAGUUACGUCAAGUGCGGGCGACACAUGGCAGGACUCAAGACAUUUGACCAUGCCCUAACCCUCGAUCCCGACAACUGGCGCGCUCUCUACAAUAUCGGUCAAACUCAAAGCCAGCUCGGCGCUUUCGACAAAGCCAUUGAAGCCUAUCAGAAAGUCUUGGAAAUCACCCAGGAUGAGGAUGUUGGUGUAAUUGCGGCUUUGGCGGAGGCGAACCUUUCUCUCGGACGACAGACCGGAACGGGAGGCUUUAGAGAAAGGUCAAGAGGAGCAUUCCAUCGAGCGAUCGAGUUGGCUAUGAAGGUGCUCAAGUCAGGAAAGGCUCACAAGGCAUGGGGAUGGAAGCUUAUUGGCGACGCUACCUAUGAAUUGAGCGGACAAGAAUCAAAUAUUGAGGAGGCGCAGGAUUCGUUUACGGUUGUACAACCGGUGCUGAUUUUCCUUGUUGAAGAUGACACCGAUCGUCGGUCAACAACACCAGGUGUCGGCCAUGCAGCAAAUCUCCUUCAAGAUGUUGUCUCCACCACCACUUCUCUCCGGGCUUCGAUCUUCGCUUUCGCGUAUCGUGCCCAUAUUCUCAAGAACGAGCCCCGUGUUAUCGAUCCAGCAUUGUAUGACUAUGCCAGCGCCUUGCAUACAUUGGCUGGCAAACUUAUCGAAAGCGAUGAGAGGAAGCAAUGUCUUAAGACCGCUAUCAGCGCUGUAAGGGCAGCUUUGGAUAGGAACGCAGGCGAUGAAAGGCUUUGGAAUGCUUUGGGUGUGAUUUGUGCGACUGCUGGCCCACAAGUUGCUCAACACGCUUUUGUAGUGUCUCUCGAGCUCUACAGCAAGGAUCCAGUUGUUUGGGUCAACUUGGGAUACUUGUAUCUGCAUUUGGAUGAUCUCGAUCUCGCCAAUCAAUGUUUCCUCAAGGCUCAAAUCAUUGAUCCCGAUUCUGCGAGGGCUUGGUAUGGACAAGGCCUGUUAGCUGACCGACAUGGUGAUAAAGAGCAUGCCAAGGCACUCUUUUCACACUCAGUGACACUCUCAGCCCAAUCCCUUCUAGAAGCGGACCUUGCUCUUGCAGCGGCGACUUUCGCCCAAUUCUUCCGCCCCAACGCUUCUGUUGAUUCUAGUCUUCUUCAUCAACCCGCGUUUGCCCUCAAGCAUUACUGUCAUCAGCGCCCGCGCGAUUCCACUGCUGCUCAUCUCUAUGCUCUCAUAUGCGAGCGAUUGGGUCUUGUCGAGGAAGCAGCGUUGUCACUUGAAAAUGCCGCUGCUGUGUUGGAAGAGGAAUUUGAGCGAGUUGAAUCGGGGGAAAUUGAAAACCUUUAUUCUGUUGCCCUUUGCAACCUCGGUCGAGUUCGCCUUUCUGCUGGCGUGUACUUAGAAUCUCUUGAUGCGCUCAACAACUGCUGGGAGCUCAUUGCGUCUUCAUCUGAACCGAGUGCAGUUUCUCUAAAGCCGCAAUGCAAGCUCCUGCAAGGUUUGGCAUUCUACUGGCUUGGACAGAUUGAUGAAAGCCUGGAGGCAUUCCAAGCAAGUUUAGACGCAGCGACACAGAAUCAGGACUACGAUGUCAAGGAGAAGGUGGCAGUGCUCCUGAGUAGAACGUUGUGGGGGUUGGGAGGGAAUGAUGCGAAGGAGACAGCAAAAAGUAACCUCAUGGAAUGUUUGGCUCGAGAAAGACCAUCUCUUGGAGUUAUCUCUACUCUGGCGGCCAUUGCGCUCGUAUCCUCCGACGCAGAUCUUACUAAUGCUGCUGUCUCCGAGCUCCUUACUCGACCUAUCGCGGAGAGAGUACAAGAUCCUUCUGGACAGGCCAAUCUCGUGCUCUAUCUACAAGCUAUCUCUGAGGGUCGAGAGGAAGACGCCUACAAUACAUUACAGUCCGCUUCUCAGGCCGCACCAGCAUCUCGAAGCAUACGGAACCGCCUUGUAGAAGCCCUCAUCAAGGCUGGCAAAUCAAAGGAAGCGCUUGAUGUUCUCGCUGUUAAAAAUGUUAAGGAAGGAACUGCUGAAGUCAAAGCCAAGGAGGAAAGAUUGCUUGGCAUAGGAGAGUUGAUGGAAGGAGAUGCGAAGGGGAUGAAAGGAGUAGUCAGGAGCGUAAUGCUUGCACCUUGGGAAGAUGAGAGCUGGCAGGCUUUGGCGUGGGGAAAGAAAGUGGUUGAAGAGGCGGGCUUGAUUGAGACCAAAGAUGGGGCGAAAGAUGACGCCGCGACUAAAUUAGAUCUUACAGAAUGAUCGAACAAAUGAUAUGUGAUUAAGAAGGCAUCAAACGAUUUCAACAAUGCAUUGCAAGUACAUAUAUAUAUAUAUAUACCACAAUGCAACCGUUGUCGCUCCGU